UGCGAGACAAAACGAGGAGGACGCCAAUAGGAGUGGUCGGUUAGUUGAGCAGACUGAGAUAGAGGAAUUCGGCGAAAGGACAUGAAGUCGGAUUGGAACGAAUUGUAAAGGUUAAAGAAGUGACCAUAAUACUAAAAAAUACUAUUCAGGAGGGAAAUAUAUCUGAUGGAGUUAACAUUUUACACUGUGGGAUAAAAAGCUGCUCUCUUGGGAAAUUUCGUUUUGUCUUUUGUGUUUGUGGUCAUAAGAAGGUAUUUCAGUAUCAGUCACUGUUCUGCCCUCUUCAAAACAGAGUAACAGAGAACUUGAAAGAUGAAAAAAAGUGUGUCCUAAUAUCAGGAGAUUAUUUGUUUCAUGUUGAUGUGACCUCUCCAUCAAACUGUGGGAAGCCUGAUUAGGAGGGCAGCACACAAGACAUGAGUUUACAAAAGCACCAGCACAUGGGUUCUGACAGAGAUCUACAAUCUGCUGCAUCCUCUAUAAGCCUCCCUUCAGUUAAGAAGCCACCAAAGAAACGCCGCCUUUCCUUAGGCUCUUUGUUUCGUCGUAAAAAAGACACCAAGAGAAAAUCAAGGGACCUCAAUGGAGGUGUGGAUGGCAUAGCCAGUAUAGAGAGCAUACACUCUGAAAUGUGCAAUGAUAAGAACUCUGCCUUUUCAGUCACAGGAGCUUCUGCCAGUGCUGCAUCAAUUGUUGCAGGAGCAACCACCUCUGCCUUUUCUCACUGCAAGCCCGCCGGAGACUGCCUGGAAUGCCCUUUGUGCCUUCUGAGACAUUCUCGGGACCGGUUCCCAGAGAUUAUGACUUGCCAUCACCGCUCCUGCACAGAUUGUUUACGGCAGUAUCUACGGAUUGAAAUUUCUGAGAGUCGAGUAAACAUCAGUUGCCCCGAGUGCUCAGAGCGCUUUAAUCCUCAUGACAUUCGCAUGAUCCUCAGUGAUGAUGUGCUAAUGGAGAAAUAUGAGGAGUUUAUGUUGCGCCGAUGGCUGGUUGCUGACCCAGACUGUAGAUGGUGCCCUGCUCCAGACUGUGGGUAUGCAGUUAUAGCUUUUGGGUGUGCAAGUUGUCCAAAAAUAACUUGUGGCCGAGAGGGAUGUGGCACAGAAUUCUGCUAUCAUUGUAAACAGAUAUGGCAUCCAAACCAAACCUGUGAUGCAGCCCGCCAGCAGAGGGCACAGAGUCUUCGUUUGAGGACAAUACGGUCUUCAUCUCUCAGCUACAGCCAGGAAUCUGGAGCAGCAGCUGAUGAUAUAAAGCCAUGCCCCAGGUGUGCCGCCUAUAUAAUCAAGAUGAAUGAUGGAAGCUGCAAUCAUAUGACCUGUGCAGUGUGUGGCUGUGAAUUCUGCUGGCUGUGCAUGAAAGAAAUUUCUGACCUCCACUACUUAAGUCCAUCUGGAUGUACAUUUUGGGGUAAAAAGCCUUGGAGCCGAAAGAAGAAAAUUUUGUGGCAGUUAGGCACUUUAGUUGGAGCUCCAAUAGGAAUCGCGUUGAUUGCAGGAAUUGCUAUUCCAGCUAUGAUUAUUGGUAUUCCAGUGUAUGUGGGAAGAAAGAUUCAUAACCGUUAUGAAGGGAAGGAUAUUUCUAAGCACAAAAGAAACCUUGCAAUUGCUGGUGGAGUCACCUUGUCCGUCAUUGUAUCUCCUGUGGUUGCUGCUGUAACUGUUGGUAUUGGAGUCCCUAUCAUGCUGGCCUAUGUCUAUGGUGUAGUUCCAAUAUCACUUUGCCGUAGUGGAGGCUGUGGGGUUUCAGCAGGCAAUGGAAAAGGAGUUCGGAUUGAAUUUGAUGAUGAGAAUGACAUCAAUGUUGGUGGUGGAAAUGCUGCCAUUGAUACCACAUCUGUUGCAGAAGCACACAAUAACCCCAGUAUUGGUGAAGGCAGUGUAGGAGGAAUGACGGGGAGUUUGAGCACCAGUGGUAGCCACAUGGACCGGAUAGGUGCAAUAAGAGACAACUUGAGUGAAACUGCUAGCACAAUGGCAUUAGCUGGGGCAAGUAUAACGGGAAGCCUUUCAGGAAGCACCAUGGUCAACUGUUAUAACAGGUUGGAGGUCCAAGCGGAUAUACAAAAAGAACGCUACAGUCUCAGUGGUGAGUCUGGUACAGUGAGUUUGGGAACAAUCAGUGAUAAUGCAAGUACCAAAGCCAUGGCUGGAUCCAUUCUGAAUUCUUAUAUCCCUGUGGACAGGGAUGGAAAUAGUGUGGAAGUACAAGUUGAUAUUGAGUCAAAACCUGGGAAACUUCGACAUCAUAGUGGGAGCAGUAGUGUAGAUGAUGGAAGCAAUGUAAGCCGAACCAACAUUGGAUGCCCUUCUGCUGGCUUGCCUGAAAACAAGUGCACUACUACUAAAUGGUCUACAACUACUAAUGGAGGAACUAAAUGCAAAGGAAAGCUGAGAAAGAAAGGGAGCACAAAGAUAAAUGAGACAAGAGAAGACAUGGAUGCCCAACUUUUAGAACAGCGAAGCACAAAUUCCAGUGAAUUUGAUUCUCCCUCUUUAAGUGACAGCAUACCUUCAGUAGCAGAAUCCCAUUCAAGUCAUUUCUCAGAGUUCAGUUGCUCGGAUAUGGAAAGCAUGAAAACCUCCUGCAGCCAUGGAUCUAGUGACUUCCAUACACGUUUUGCCACUGUCAGUCCACUUCCUGAAGUGGAGAAUGACCGGCUGGAAAAUUGUCCCCCACAGAGUGCAGUGUCUGUGGUAACUGUGCCAGCUCAGGGAGUAGAGCUCUUGCAGUUAAGCUAUAUAUCAGAAGAGAACAUAAUCAGAAAUUUGACUGAAGGGCACACGCUUACAGAUGAACUUCUAAAAGAAACCAACAACAACCAUCACCAGCCUCCAGUUGCAGCAAAUAGUUGUGUUCAGACAGAAAUUUAAUACCUUUAAGUGCUGCUAAAAUUUCCCUCUUUAAAACCUUGUCACUAACAAUCCUUGUUUAAAAAAUGUCACAUUGAAGGAUAAAUAUGUCAGAUAUUUUAUAUUUUUAUGGUAAGAGAAGUUAUUUCUCCUUCCAGCUGCCUAAUUUUAAUUUUAAAUAUCUUGGUAACAGGGUAUUGUAAUUAUUUAAAGUGUUUAAAACACACAUUUAUGAGAAGUCAUACAUAUAUAAUCGUGAUGCAGAUUUUUUUUCUUUAAUCAAGAUGCAGGUCUUAUUUUUCUUUUGAAAAUGUUAAACAGUCACUGUGUACACUGAUUAGAAAUGGAACCUGAGUGCCACCGUUGAAAAUAAAGAGCUCUGGCAUAUUUGGGGUAGAACUGAAAUAUUUCAGAGUAAUUUUCAGGUGAGUUAAUAAGCAUUCUAAAAGGCUCUCUGCCAACAAUUUGACUGGAUCUUUUUUUUGAUUAGCUAUAUAUAUUAGCUAUACCUUUACCCCUUUUCUCCUCCAUCCACUUUGUCUCAGUUGUGGUACAUGCUACAAACAACAUGUCAUUCUAGAGAAUCUUCUAGUUUAACAUGUUAGGGACCAGAUAAUUUUAUAAUAAAAUCUGUGAAAUUUUUAAACUGAAACAUCAAAGCUAUAUGUAAGACAUGUUUGGUGUUUUAGAAUAUUGCUCUAGCUGCGAGGUUGAAGUAAUUCUCCCUAGAACAACUGCAAAACAUAACCACGGACAGCAAACCUUUCAGCACAAAGGCAUUUUUUGCAAGGAGAGAAAUGCAAAAUCGACCUUUCUUUGUCUUCUUUGUGUGCCUUUGAAAACUUUUUUUUUUUUCGCACUGCAGGAAUCGUGUCUUCAGAUGUUUUACAGAAUGUCUUUUUAACCAUAUUUUAUGACCUGGAUAUUACUGCUAUAGAAGUUGUAUAUACUCUGGUAGACAUAAUGGUUAAAUGAGCUUUUGCCUACCAAAGACAACACUCAGGCUUUAGACAAGUAUUAUUACAAUACAUAAGUUAAUCUUUUGUAGCACAUUUUCAGUUGUGUGGUACUGAGUACUUAAAGCAAAUUACUGAUGCUGCACAAUCUUAAAAGGCCACUAUUUGCCAAACACUUUCCAUCUGGAUUUUCGUAAUAUUAUUUAUUGCUUUAAUUCAACCAGAAAUUGCCUAUAUACCUGCAGUGUUAAUGUCACACAGUUACCAAUUAAGCUUUAUUUGGACAUAAUUUGGGAGUCCAAAGUGAGAAGUGGUUUAUAGGCUUACUGGUUGGCGUUUUAAAUUCUUACCAUUAUGGUGCUUUUGCUGAAAUCUUGUUCUGCACUCCUAAAACUGCUGCAAGCCACAUAUUUUUUUCCCUUCUUUUUUUCUAAUUGUUUCUUGUACCCUUUUCAUGUCCCUCUUAAGCUUUGAACACUAGUGCCAGAUUUGUUUGUAAUUUUUUGCAAAAAGCUUAAAGUAUUUGUAUAUUUGUUUGCUAAUUUGCUCUGUAAUAUGUGUGUAUAUUUCAUAUUGGAGAAUUAAAAUUCCAGUUAAUGGCUACA